AUGCUGCUGAGAUCUCAGGGCUACGACAGGCUGCCUGAGAGGAGGAGGACUAAGACUGUGAUCUGUACUCUCAAUGCACGAGCGAUUGCAUCAGAAGCAUGCAUCGAAGAUCUGCUGAUGCAAGCCAGGAAGAUUAAGUACGACCUCAUCGGACUGAACGAGAAGAGAAGGUACCGCCUGUCACAUGCCACUUUUGAAACUGGAAAAGAACUGUUCCUUUGA